UCGUUCCUCAUCGACCUGGGCGUGGCUGAGCUGGACCGCUUCGAUGAUCGUGAGGCGCUGAUCUUCCGUGAGAACACACUGGCCACCAAGGCCAUCGAUGAGUACAUGAAACUGGUGGGGGGCAAGUACCUCCAGGACACGCUGGGUGAAGCUGUGGCCCAGCUCUGCACCUCGGAUGAUAGCUGCGAGGUCGAUCCCAGCAAAUGCUCUGGCCUUGACCUUUCCGACAACCAGAACAACCUGCGGCAGGUCUGCGAGGAGACCUUCCAGCGCAUCGCCACGUCCUGCGACGCCUUCCCUGCAGAGUUGGGCGAGAUCUUCGCGGCGUGGCAGGAGGAGUGCGCAGCGCGGGGCAAGGCACCCAUUGGGCAGCGCCUGGUCUCGGCCUCCCUCUUCCUACGGUUCCUCUGCCCUGCCAUCAUGUCCCCCAGCCUCUUCGGCCUCGUCCAGGAGUACCCGAGCGAAGAGAGACGGCUGUCGGUGCUGGAGAGGGAGCAGGCGGAGCUGCGGGGUGCCAUCGCCCAAGCCCUGGGCCACCCCGGGAGGCCGGGACGCCGGAUGGUGGCACGGGGCUGGGACGAGAGUGGUGACGAUGCUCAGGCCACCAGCGUGUAA